AUGGCGGAGAACUACCAGGUUAUGGAGGAGUUGGGCAGCGGGUCCUUUGGAAAAGUGUACAAAGCCAUCGACCGCAGCACAGGCGAAACCGUGGCUAUCAAGCAUGUAAGCACUGCCACCUUUCCCCCCUCGGCCUGCACAUACUCACGCGCCCAGAUCGACCUCGAAGACAGCAACGAAGAGCUCGCCGACAUUCAAGCUGAGAUUGCCCUGCUGAGCACCUGCCACAGCCCCUACAUCACCGAAUACAAGACGAGCUUCGUCAAGGGCGUCAAGCUAUGGAUCGUCAUGGAAUACCUUGGGGGCGGAUCUGCUGCCGACUUGCUUGCACCUGGACCCAUGGGUGAAGCGCACAUCGCCAUCAUGUGUCGUGAGCUUCUGUUUGGCCUCGACUACCUGCACUCGACUGGCAAGAUCCACCGAGAUAUCAAGGCUGCCAAUGUGCUCCUGACCGACAAGGGCAAAGUCAAGCUCGCCGACUUUGGCGUCGCUGCACAGUUGACCAACAUGAAAUCUCAACGCAUGACAUUUGUUGGCACUCCCUUUUGGAUGGCCCCCGAGGUCAUUCAGGAGGCUGGUUACGACUUCAGGGCGGACAUCUGGUCCCUAGGUAUUACAGCCAUGGAACUGGCCGAAGGCGCACCACCGCACGCUGGAUCGCACCCCAUGAAGGUCCUCUUCACCAUUCCCAAGAACCCAGCGCCUCGCCUGGAGGGUGAUCAGUUCAGCAAGGAGUUCAAGGACUUUGUUGCUCACUGUCUGAUCAAGGACCCAGACCGACGCGCAACCGCAAAGGAGCUUUUGGAACACAAGUUUGUUCGCCGAGCUGGCAAGGUCGAAGCUUUGCGGGAACUGGUGGAGCGUAAACAAAUGUUCGACGCGAAAAAGGACAAGGACGAUGUGUCGCACCCCAAGUACUAUGAGGAGACCAUGAAGGAUCUGGCACCAAGAGGCGAGUCAGACGAUUGGACUUUCGACACAGUCAAAGCUGGUACCGUUGCCCCAUCAGCACGCCAGACAGCUCGUCGCCGCAAGCUCGCUCGCAUUCCCUCGGGAGACGAGGAAACCACUGCAUCUCUGAUGCAGCACAUGGACCUUGACGCAGCACCAUUAGGCACUGCCACAGACUCACCGUUACCAGAGCAGACGCAACCUGGCUCCCGCCAAUCUCCCUCAGGGACCGCCUUCCGCGUGUCUUCAGGAAACACGCCAACUGCUCGACGCAUUAGUGGUGCGCCCAAGCAACCUCUUGGUGUCGAUCUCACAUUUGGCAAUUCGCCUUCCACUGUACGACACUUCAAGCGUGUCUCUAGUGGAGAACGCAGAGCAGCACUACGAUCGAACCCACCUGCCAACCAGAGCAACUCUUUCCAUCCGAACCCGAGUGCUGCUACCUUCCGCCCUUCACCACCCAAUGCGGACCUCAUCUUCGACGUCAACGACGUGAACAAUGAGAACGAACCGCCAGAGCCAGAAUAUCCUCCUAUGCCGGUCACCAAGGAUGCGCUCUAUGGCCGUCGAGCGUACAGCAAGGUCCUGGACGGUGUGUUCCAAGAAGCAUACGCUGACACCGGUUCGCCCCAUCAGCGUGAGGUAAUGGGGCGGGUAGCUGCCGCCUGGGCACAGCUUGAUGAGAUCGACCCACAGGGCGAAUUCAUGCUGCUGAAGGCCAUGGUGGACCGCCUGAAGCAAGACUCAAAGCUAGCCUCGGCUCUAGGCAUUGAGAUGCCAGCAGCGCAGUCCCCUCUCAAGCACAGCACCAGGGGUAGCGAGACGAGCUACGGUGGCACUACCGUACAUGGAACAAGCACAACCCGCGUUCGGUCCAACACCAAGAUGUCCUCAUCUUCCAUCAGCAAGUCCUCGGCAUCGGAAGACUACGACUCACCCUCCACACCCGUUGACACACCCGGCACACCGAAUGGGACGUCAGGCUCGCCCACCAAAGGCCCCAAACUCGUACUUGCGCAGAACAACCCACACCUGAAGUCACACCGCCGCCGACAGAGUGCAUUUGUUGUCGGCGAAAAGUCGCUCGGCAACGACUCCCUGCCCAUGGUCGACGAGAAGAAACUGCCCGGCCACGUGGAGAAAGGCAUGGAACAACAGGGUCUUCUUGCUGACAUUCUCUACGGACAGUGGAUGUCUGGGCUGCGCAGCCGAUGGCCUGUCACCAGCUAG